AUGAACCAAAGCAUUUAUCUUAUGAAUACAAGCAUAUCUUAUGUCAAUACUUGGAUCAUCUCAUUUCACCAAACGAAUAAUAAUAAUAAUAAACAAAGUAUCAAGACUAUCAAUGUACUGUGUAGUCGUACAGUCAAUCAUCAUCAUUAUCUUUCAAAAUCAAAAAUAUCUACUCCAUUUAUCCGAUAUAUACCAUCAUUUUCCACAAGGAAUAAUAAUAAUAAUAAUCACUGUACACUAAAACCACUGGAACAACCGAAUAUUUUAACAGGUUUACCAGCUGAAGCAUUAACUUGGUUUUAUUUCAAUUCAUUACCGUCCAGUGCAUACAUUGUCUUCUAUUCACCAGACGUGAGUCUAUGUGAAUGGUCUGCAGUGAAAGAAAUAUUCAAUUGUUUAGCCUCAAUAGAUGUUGAUAUUCUGCGUAAGUAUAUAUCGUCGUCCAACAAUGAUUGGGAUAAGAAUUUAUUGAGUAAUAGUAAUAAUAAUAAUAAGCUAGUAGAGACAUGUAUUACUGCUGUAUGCAAUAGUGAACGUGCAAAGACAGAUCAAAUGUAUACCUGA